UUUCGUGCAUUCCAGACCUGUUUUCGCUUCUAAAAAAUGUCAGCAAAUUUCAACACCGACGAGCUCGUUCCUCCCCAAUGGAUGGACAAGGCCUUUUUCGAGCGUGCCCUCGGUUCAUUUUGCCACGACAACGGAGUCAUUGUCAAAAAUUUCGAAUCAAAGCCCGCCACGAAGGUCGGCGAUCACUUUGCCAGCAUCAUGUUCCGCGUGAUGAUCGAAUAUGACUCACCCAAGUACAAAAAAAUCGGCGAACGCAUGAGUGUCAUUCUCAAAACGGUUCCCGUUAUGGAAGGAGUCAAGGCGGAUUUUCUCAAGGAUAGCUCGGCAUUCCGCACGGAAAUGCAAAUGUAUGGAAAAGUACUUCCGGAGAUGGAACGAGUGUUGGCAGCUUCGGGCGACAAUACCAUUCUUGGUCCAAGACUUAUUUAUCAAACGAGUGAUCCGGCGCCGAUCAUCAUCAUGGAAGAUAUUUCCGUUUUGGGCUAUGAAAUGACCGAAAAAACGCUCGGUUUUGACGAUGCAAAGAUGGUAGCUUCGCGUUUGGCCAAAUUUCAUGCUGCUUCGAUGUAUCUUCAAGCGAACGGCAUGGAUUUGAGCAACUUUACUGACUCUUGGAUCAUGUCCAAAGUACCAGGUUCGGACGAUACCGUCGUCGAGAGCUUCAUGCUUCCAACAAUUGACCUCCUUGUUGAAGUUGUUGGCGAAUGGGAAGGCGAUUGGUCGCAUGUCAUUGAAAAAUUGAAGAACACUCGAGCUACAAUGGCGGAAAAACUGCGAAAUGUGUAUUUGGGCAAGAACGAAAGAACGUUCUCCGUGUUAAAUCAUUGCGAUUUCCACUCGAAGAACAUGAUGUUCAAAAAAACCGAAGGAAAAAUCACGGAAUUGUUGCUUCUUGACUUCCAAUUUUGCUUAUGGAACUCGUGCUCGAUCGAUUUGGCUUAUUUUAACUUCAUGGUGUGCAAUGCCGAAGCCCGUGAACGUCGUGCUGAGAUGAUGCAAUAUUAUUACGACGAAUUUUCGGGUACUUUGAAGAAGUUGGGAUACUUGGGACGCAUUCCUACGUUGCUCGAUAUCAAUAUUGAUUACUUGAAAAAUGGAAUAAUUGAAUUGAUGCUUACCACGGGAAUGAUGAUGCUUCUAUUUGCGGAUUUCUCUCAAAUUAAAACUGAAGAGAUGUUUGACAUGACAGAUCCAUUAGCGAUGCACCGUAUAACAAUGAGAAAUCCGGAAUAUACGAAAAUUAUGCAAGAAGAAUUGAAGAGAAUGGUUGGUUUGGGGAUUGUUGGCUGAUUUUUUGAACAAAAACUUCAAUUUUAGUACAUUUUUGAGGAAAAAAUAAAAAUUUGUUGAAAAAGUUAAAAAAUUUUUUUUAAAUUUUUUUUUUUCUUAAAAAUUUUUUAAAGUUAUGAUUUUUCAAAAUUAUAAAAAUAUGAUAAAAUUUUUGUUAAAAUUAAUUUUUAAUAGUUUUUGAACAAAAUUUUAUAAAAAUGCAAAAUUAUAUAGAAUUUCCU